AUGGAUCACACACCACUGUCCACUUCGGCAGCCAUCACCACCAACAACAACAACAACGCGUCUCGUAAAAGAAAGUUAGGUGGAUCUAGUGAUGAUCCGUUUAAAGACAAGAAACCACAUCAAUUCUUAAGCACAUUGGCAGAAAUAGAUAAGAACUCAACCACUUCAUUAAAACAAUCACAACGAAUUCGUGAUGCUAAAGCUAAAUUGUUUAUUAGAAGUAAUAAUUUGAUUAAGAUGAAUACUUCACUUGCAAAUAAGACAACCAUACUUGAAGAACCAAGCCAGAAUAGUAGUAGUAGCAAUACUAAUAGUACUGGUCCUGACAAUAAUACCAGUGGAAGACUAAUAGGUAAUAUAGCUAGAAAUGUACCUGUACCAAUACCUACCCAACAACCACAAGUGGUUGAUGAACAAGAUUAUGAGAAUGAUGAAGUUACUUUAGAAGUUCUAGAAGAAAUGCAUAAACUAGAAGAAUGUUUCCCAGUAUUAUCUACCGAUUAUAGAUUAAUGGAUAAGAUCGGUGAAGGUACUUUUUCAACCGUAUAUAAAGCAGAAGCAUUAAAUGGAAUAAUACGAUUAGGUAGUGAAAUUUGGAAAUCACCACCAUUGAAAAAACGGAAAUCUCUUAGUCAUAAUAAUACCAAAUCUAAGAAUCCAAUAGUUGCAUUAAAACAAAUCUAUGUUACUUCAUCACCUAAUAGAAUUCAUAAUGAAUUAAGUUUAUUAUAUAUGUUAACCGGGAAUUCUCAUGUUGCUCCAUUACUUGACGUAUUACGUUAUCAAGAUCAAAUCUUAGCUAUAUUACCAUAUUAUCAUCAUGCCGAUUUUCGGGAUUUUUAUCGUGAUUUACCUAUAAAAGGGAUCAAGAAAUAUUUAUGGGAAAUGUUUCAAGCAUUAGAUUAUAUUCAUGAUAAAGGAGUUAUUCAUCGUGAUUUAAAACCAACUAAUUUCUUAUAUGACCCAUUUAAAGGAAAAGGUGUCCUUGUUGAUUUUGGACUUGCUGAAAAAGUCGAUUCCUCCAUUUCAUCACCUUCAAAUCCAUGUCCUUGUUUAUCGAAAGACAAAAUGGUAAUCAACAGAUCUUAUACCAAACGACUUAAUGUCAAAGGAGCCUACCCCAAGGCAGAUACUCGUCCGCCAAGAAGAGCCAAUAGAGCAGGUACGAGGGGAUUUAGGGCCCCGGAAGUAUUAUUCAAAUGUACCAAUCAAACCACCAAGAUAGAUAUUUGGGCAGCUGGGAUAAUUGGAUUAUCUUUAAUAACAAGAAAAUUCCCCCUUUUUAAUUCUCCUGAUGAUACUGAUGCAAUAUUAGAAUUGGCAUUAAUUUUUGGAUUAGAGAGAUUACAAAAAUGUGCAGAAUUACAUGGAUGUGGAUUGGAAAUUAGUUUGAAUGAUGUGAAUAGUUCCAAUGGGAAUUUAUUGAAGAUUAUUUAUGAUUUUCUUAAGUAUGAGGCUGAUAAUGAAUGUUUUCCUAGUGAUAGUGUUGUAUUUGAUACGUUGGGAUUGUUUAAUGAGACUGGGAUGAAACUUGUGAAACCGGGUGAAUAUAUGGGUACCACUAGUGGAGAGGGUGGUGAUGACGAUGACGAUGAUGAAUAUGCUAGGUUUAAAGAAAUGGUUGAGAAUUAUAAGGAUCAUCGAAAUUUUAUGGAAUUAUUAUAUGCUUGUUUUAGAAUGGAUCCUUUGAAGAGAUUGGAUGCGAAACAGAUUCUUAAAUUACCGUUCUUUCAUGAAUUAUCUCAAGGAUAUGAUGAAGAUGUGAUUUUGCUUUAG